AUGGCUGGCUUGUUAGCUGGUGAGCCCUCCCUUCAUGGAACACCUGAAGGAGUUCACAAGGUUUUCCACGAAAGGACAGAAGAAGGCAGUGGACGCUGGUAUUUCUCUAGGAAGGAAAUUGAAGAAAAUUCCCCUUCUAGACAAGAUGGCAUUGAUUUGAAGAAAGAGACCUACCUACGCAAGUCUUAUUGCACAUUCUUACAAGAUUUAGGCAUGAGGCUAAAAGUGCCGCAGGUAACGAUUGCUACAGCAAUCAUAUUUUGUCAUCGGUUUUUUCUACGCCAGUCUCAUGUGAAAAAUGAGCGUAGGACCAUUGCAACAGUAUGCAUGUUUCUCGCGGGUAAGGUUGAAGAAACUCCACGUCCUCUAAAAGAUGUCAUUCUUGUCUCAUAUGAAAUCAUACAUAAGAAAGACCCUGCAGCUGUCCAAAGGAUCAAACAGAAGGAGGUAUAUGAACAGCAAAAGGAACUUAUUCUGCUGGGAGAAAGGGUGGUUCUCGGUACACUCGGUUUUGACCUCAACGUGAACCACCCGUAUAAACCCUUGGUUGAGGCAAUAAAAAAAUUUAAGGUUGCCCAAAACGCCCUAGCUCAAGUAGCAUGGAAUUUUGUGAACGAUGGGCUCCGGACAUCCUUAUGCUUGCAGUUUAAGCCCCACCACAUAGCGGCGGGUGCCAUUUUCCUUGCCGCCAAGUUCCUGAAGGUGAAGCUCCCGCAUGAUGGAGAGAAGGUCUGGUGGCAGGAGUUUGACGUCACCCCCCGCCAGCUGGAGGAGGUUAGCAACCAGAUGUUGGAACUGUACGAACAAAACAAAGCGCCCCAGUCUCAGGCUGGCGAGGCUGAAGGCAGUGCUGGUGCCAGCGAAAGACCUCCUCCUUCGAAAAAUGACGAUCACGUCCCUAGCCAAAGCUCCUCCCACGGUGGGUCGACCGCGAAACAUUCCUCGUUGCCCGGCCACUUUAGAACCGCCCCCGACCAGGCCCAUGCCAGUAGUUACAAUGGGCCCCUGAAGUCCGCCCAGGCCCGACACGACUCAGAGAUCAACAGCACCACCACGCCAGCUGGCAUGGAAGAAAACGAGGUUAACGACCAGCGUGAGGACGAGCAGGGUCGAGCUGAGAGGAGGGACGCUAGUAGCAAUAGCAAUAAUAACCCAGUAGAAAUGAAGGAUAAUAAAUUCCAGGGAAAGACGUCUUCGCCCCAGGAUGCGAACAAGAAGCUCGACCGGGAGAAGCUGAAAGCGGCCUUCGAGAGGAGGAAAGCGCGCGGGGACAUAACCCGCAAGGCAGACCCUGUGGAUGAGCUCGAGCGGGAGCUGGAGGACGUUGAGGUCCCGACCGAUAAACGGGAGAGAAAGUCAAACUGGUCAAAGCCCCCGGUGAAUAGGUCAGCAGAACUUGAUGGGGAUGAUUUUGAUGCUGUUGAGGAGGGUGAAGUCGAGCCGUUUGAUGACAAGAGGGAGCAUCAAUCGCCCAAGUUGAGCGCACGGAAAAGGAAGCCUGGGAGCCCAUUGGAUAAGCCGCUGGCCCAUAAACAGGCCCACUAUCCAGAGGAUAGGAAUGGGCUAGGGAGGUAUUCGGAAAGGGACCACAAGAGGCACCUGCAGGAAAACCAUGUCUGA